CCUCCUCCUGUUUCGUAAAGCUGAUGUUUUGCAACGUUUUUAUUGGUGAUGUAACAUUAUAGACGUUAAAUGCGCUUCAAAAUCUGCCCACCGUCAUUUUCACCUUCACUCACUGAAACAAAGCUCGGGAUUCGGCAAUGUGGCCUGCAAAGCUGCUGAUCCUCCUGGUGGGGCUCUGGCACCAGUCUCACUGUCAGAGCAGGGAUCCUAUGUUCCAAGAAGUGACACAGGCCAUCUUUCCUCCUGAUCAGCUGCACAAUCCCACACAGCUCAACUAUGGAAUGGCGGUCACAGACGUGGACGGCGAUGGCGAUCUGGAAGUGGUGGUAGCAGGAUACAAUGGACCCAACCUGGUGUUAAAGUACGACCGCACUCAGAAGAAGCUGGUAAACAUCGCAGUGGACGAUAGUAACUCGCCGUACUUCGCUCUGAGGGACGUAGCGGGGAAUGCCAUUGGGGUCACAGCCUGUGAUGUGGACGGAGAUGGACGGGAAGAGAUCUACUUCCUCAACACAAAUAAUGCCUACUCUGGACGGGCAACUUACUUCGACAAGCUCUUCAAGUUCCGUAACGGUCGCUUUGAGGAUCUGCUCAGUGACGAGCUCAAUGUGCGCCGUGGCGUUGCUAACCGCAUGGCGGGGCGUUCUGUGGCAUGUGUUGACAGAAAGGGAACCGGCCGCUACUCGGUCUACGUGGCAAACUACGCCAGCGGCAACAUCGGCCCCCACGCUCUUUUAGAGAUGGAUGAGGCUGCUAGUGAUGUGGCAAAUGGCGUCAUCGCCCUGUCUGAUGUUGCUGCCACAGCUGGAGUCAACAAGCUCACAGGUGGACGCGGUGUUGUGGUUGGACCCAUCCUCAGUGAUACAAGAUCUGAUGUUUUUUGUGACAACGAGCGAGGACCCAACUUCCUGUUCAAGAACAAUGGAGACGGGACUUUUGCUGAAGUUGCCAGGCAGACAGGUGUGGAGGACCAGCAUCAACAUGGUAGAGGAGUAGCACUGGCAGAUUUUAACGGUGAUGGAAGGACAGACAUCGUCUACGGCAACUGGAACGGUCCACACAGACUUUACCUGCAGGGCGGUGACUCUAAAUUCCGGAAUAUUGCGACUGCAGGAUUUGCAUCUCCCUCCCCAAUUCGCACGGUUAUAGCAGCGGAUUUUGACAAUGACGGACAACUUGAGGUGUUUUUGAACAAUAUUGCCUACAGAGGAAAUGCACCCAACAAGCUCUUCAGAGUUUCAAGAAGAGCCAAUGAUGACCCUUUAAUCCAGGAACUGGAUAUAGGAGACGCCGUGGAGCCUCAAGGCAGAGGAACAGGCGGCACUGUGACAGAUGUGGACGGCGACGGACAGCUGGACCUACUGAUAGCGCACGGAGAGAGCGCGGCACAGCCCAUCUCCGUCUUUAGGGUCACACAGGGCUCGACCAAUAAAUGGCUUCGAGUCGUCCCUCGCACCCAGUUCGGAUCCUACGCGCGAGGUGCCAAAGUAAGAGUCUUCACGAAGCUGAGUGGCGCCCACACACGCAUCAUUGAUGGAGGCUCUGGGUAUCUGUGUGAGAUGGAGCCAGUCGCACACUUCGGUUUAGGAGGCGAUGAGGCGACGGUGUUGGAGGUCUCCUGGCCUGACGGUACCACAACCACUCGUGUCCUCCAGCCUGAAGAAAUGAACUCAGUGGUGGAAGUAACGUACCCCAGCGAGGGAGAAAUGUCCACACUUAACAAUGACACCCAGUGUGGUCAAGGCUUUGCUGUGAAGAACGGCCGCUGCACAGGAAUCUGAAGACUUCAUUUAAACGUUCUCUGAACUUUGCUUAAAGCCAAGCUUUUUUUUUUUUCCUUUUACUCUAUGAGUAUUAAUAAUAAUAAUGGAUUAGAUUUAUAUCGCGCUUUUCUAUUGUUAGAUACUCAAAGCGCUCACAGAGAAGUGGGAACCCAUCAUUCAUUCACACGAUGGUGGUGGUAAGCUAUAUUUGUAGCCACAGCUGCCCUGGGGUAGACUGACGGAAGCGUGGCUGCCAGUUUGCACCUCCGACCACCACCAAUCAUUCAUUCAUCAUUCAUUCACCGGUGUGAGCGGCACCGGGGGAAAAGGGUGAAGUGUCCUGCCCAAGGACACAACGGCAGCGACUUUGAUGUCCAUAGGUGGGAAGCGAACCUGCAACCCUCAGGUUUCUGGCACGGCCGCUCUACCCACUACGCCAUACCGCCCCGUAUUAUUUUGUACUUGACAAUUUCACAGGUCACCUAAUGUUACAAGUUUUAUUUCCUUUGUGCCAACUCCUGAAAUGAAAUGUUAACAGUUUUCAGAUUGCGACUAACUAAUUAACAAGCCAUGUCCUCUAUAAGUGAUUGAUUGACAACUCGUGUAUGUGUACCUUUUGUAUUUUCCUGCCACCAUCCAAUCUGUAGCACCAGCUUCAUUGUUGGCCAAUUCCAGUUCCAGGUUUGAGGCCUCCAAUUUUCAGAUGCUUUCAUUAGUAUUUUAUCUAAAUUGGCAGAGAAGUGACUAGUUAAGCAGCAGUAUUGCAAUUAGAUUAGAUUAGAUUAGAUUAGAUAGUACUUUAUUUAUUCCGUCAGGAGAGUUCCUUCAGGAAAAUUAAAAUUUUCAGCACAAUCCCAUUCAAGUUUAGACAAACAUUACAGGGAGACAGAACAGGAUCGCUGACGGGUCUGCCGGCUUCCAGCGCCCCUUACAAAAAAGAUGAGAUACAGGUAAACAAGGAGGGGGAAUAGAAGAUUAAAACAAAAUAAAAAAGAAAUCGGUCUUAGCCUGGGCCCUGGAGAGGAGGUGCAGACUGAGGCCAAGGGAAAAAACAACAAUUCAUAGCCAUGGUACACAUCCCUCUUACAUGUGUGUAAGAGGGAAACAUCAAACAUCAAAGAACACAGAGGACAUUAAAGACAUUAAGGCAUCAGAUACAACCAGACACUUCUACAUACUAGCUAUGAAUAAAAAGUAAAAGAAACAUAUCCACUGUGGUGGCCUCUGGGGUGUUCCACGCCAUCGUCCGCUGGGGUGGAGGGAGCAUGGCCAGAGACAGGAGCAGACCCAACAAAGCAACCAAGACAGCCGACAAUUAGACAAUUGUACAGCAUUUUUGCAUGUUUUGAUCUUAGUGUUCCCUGAAUGAAGCCCUACUUUGUGCAUUUUGCAGUCUGCAUACGAUCAUAUUGGAAAAAAGGGAACUGAAUGCAUGAUAUCGCAGCCUGUGAUGCAAGGCAAAGCUAAUUCGAGAUGCAUGCACAUUAGAUUUUUUUUCUUCUUUCGGCACAAAAUUGAUGACAAGAUACUCCUCAUAGUGUUUUAGUAUUACAUCCAUUUGUUUUCCUCUGCUAUUUCCUGUUCAUUUUUACUAGCAGCUGUUGACUAAUAGCAAACGAUAACAUUAUGUAAAUAAAGACUCUUGAAUGCA